AUGUGCAAUGGAACAGCUGUCUCUGAGUUUGUGCUACUAGGACUCUCCAGCAACCCUGACGCCCACUUCAUUCUCUUUUCUCUCUUCCUUGUAAUUUACUUGGUGGCCCUGGUGGGAAACCUUCUUAUUCUUCUCCUGAUCAGCUUGGACAAGAAGCUUCAUAACCCCAUGUAUUUCUUCCUGGGCAAUCUCUCAGUGGUGGACAUCGGGUACACAACCAGCACUGUUCCCAAGAUGCUACUGAACUACCUGUCUCAGGACAAGAGCAUCUCCCUGACAGGCUGCUUCAUCCAGAUGUUUUUCUUUAUCACCUUUGGUGGCACUGAGUGUCUUUUGCUGGGUGCCAUGGCAUAUGACCGAUAUGCAGCCAUUUGCCAUCCACUGCAUUAUAGCAUGCUCCUGAGCCCCAAAGUCUGUGCGUGGCUUGCAGCAGCUGCUUGGAUUCUUGGCUUGUUUAACUCAAGUGUGCACUCUGGUCUGAUGUCCCUUUUAAAAUUUUGCAGAGGCAACAUUAUCCAUCACUUUUUCUGUGACAUCCCACACUUAUUCCCGCUCUCUUGCUCAGACACCAAGGUCAAUAAAAUUGCUAUAUUUCUGGUAGGUGAAGGUUUAGGCAUGGGGUCAUUCCUGGUUACCUUAGUGUCUUAUGUCUACAUUGUCUUGGCUAUCCUCAGGAUCCGCACCAAGGAAGGGCGCUUCAAGGCAUUCUCCACUUGCGCUUCCCACCUGACUGUAGUUAAUAUUUACUUUGUCACCAUCAUUUUCACAUACCUAAAACCCAAUUCUACUUAUUCCCAGCAGCAGGAUCAAGUAUUGUCUGUGCUCUAUGGGAUCCUAACCCCUAUGCUUAAUCCAAUCAUCUACAGCUUCAGGAACAAGGAUGUGCAAGGGGCACUCAGGAAAGUCAUGCUAUGA